AUGCCAUCGAAGUUUUCUUCAGUCUCCAAAGCCCUUCUGCUUUUCCUUGCGGCUUCUCCAUCAUUGGCAACUCCAAUUCUGGAGUCUGAUACUGCAGGGACGCCUACCAAUGUAGACAUAAAGCCACGGGCGACAGGCGACCAGGCGGAACCCAUUGAAGCCUCGUUCGAUGUCACGGGAUGGCCGCUAUCUGCCGAAUUCAACUGCUACGUCAUGCUCUGCGUCUUGGGCGGUAAUAGAGAUUUCCAAAGAAUCGAAGACCCCUCCGAGAGGAGAACUCACUACCAACAAUCGGGCGCAAAGUUCACACCAUUCCACACCGGCGAGCUUGAUAAGCGCAAUGCGGAACGUCUGGAUGACUCAACCGACAGUGGCGAGGAGUUUCCCUGGGAGAGCCUCGCCCAGGGAGGAACAGGGGCACACUUGUUCCCGACAACCAUGGCAGAGCAGAGAGCUCAAGGCUCAAGUCUGGGAGGCAGAUUCAGAAGCACACGUCAGGCAACACCCAUCAACCGUGGUGAUUGGAUCAGGAUCACCUUCAGAGGUUACUCGCGAGGAGGGUAUUGUGAGGCGUUGUUUAAAGAUCCUCCAGAUUUCUCAAUCUGCGACCGGAAUAUCAAGGAACAUAUUGGCGGCCAUCCCGAAUAUAGAAUGGACGAUUAUGACCAGGUAAUGGGCUCAGAUUACAAGCUUCACCUGUUCAGGGGCAGUAAGAAACGCAGUGAGGAACAGUCCAGAGUGGAUGUCUCGGCUGUGAAAGAUCGCGGUAUUCCUGAAGAAGGAAUGACGCUUGUAGAGCGAGACGAUGUCAGCGAGUAUGAAGGCUCGGACAUGUGCGUGGAGCUGCCUGGUGGCACCAACACCUGCGACUAG